CUUCGGACUGUCCGUUUUUUUCCAGGAACCGACAGUGUCACAGUCCAUUACUGCAGGAACAUUCAUUAAAAAGGGAUUGUUCAUUGAUUCGGAGCAUUUUAGAUUAAUCAAAAGUCAGACGUCAGAGCUUCAAGGGCAGAGGAAAGAAUCUCGCAGGAACUCAAAAACUGAAACAUGAGCUGGUGAGAAAUUGGCUGAGUUUUCAUGAGGAAUGAGGCAGGUUUGGGUCUUUGGUAUAUAAACCAAAGACGCCAACAAGAGCUGAAAUCGAAAGAGAAAAGGAAGUUGUGAAGGACUUUUCUGAGAUAGCAGCACAACAACACUGGACCGUUUGAGAGAAAUAAAUCUUAGUAAACAUGCAGCCCACUGUGGAGGAGUUCGAAUCUGAGGAUUCUGGUGUUCAAGAUGUGGGACCUCAAAUCAACGGGCUGGUGGUCCAGAUCCUGGAGACAAUGUCAGUGCUUCUGUUGCGAAUCAGACAGAAGCUUCUGGAAAUUUCUAUCCUGAUCUGUGUGAUUCUGCUGGUGUUCUGGGUGGCUUUAUUCCUCUAUGGCAGUUUCUAUUAUACCUUUAUGCCCACAGCCAAUUUCAUCACACCUGUCUACUUCUUCUACAGCAGGACUGAUUGUCUAUCUCCUCAUCACUCUUUGUGUUCUUUCCCUGUGGCUAAUGUCUCUUUACUGAAAAAUGGAAAACAUCAGGUAAUGACAUACGGUCAGCCUUAUCGGAUCACACUAGAGCUGGAAAUGCCAGAGUCUCCAGCCAACCAGGAGCUGGGAAUGUUCCUAGUAAAAAUGAAUCCCUAUUCUAAAGCUGGUCCGAUUGUUGACAGAUCGGCACGUUCUGCAAUGCUCCAUUAUCGCUCCUCUCUUCUUCAGGCUCUGGGCACAGUGGCCUUCUCCCCCUUGCUGUUAACAGGAGCGUCGGAGCAGAAGCAGUCAGUCAUGGUGGAGCUGUACUCUGAAUUCAAAGAUGAUUCUUACAACCCCAUUGUUGGAGCCAUCAUUGAGAUCCAUUCCCAGCGUAUUCAGAUCUACAGAGCUCAUCUCUACAUCUUUGCUCACUUUACAGGCAUCAGGUACCUGCUGUAUCACUUCCCCCUGAUCUCAGCGCUCAUCGGGGUGAUGAGUAACUUUACUUUCCUCAGUUUGAUCAUCCUUCUCAGCUUCCUGCAGUUUAAUCUGGGUGGUCGCAGGACUCGUGGAAAGGCUGUAAUGCAACAAGAGGAAAAUAAUGAACCAGAUGAUGUAAAUGAUCAGUCUGAACCACAGGAUGAAGGAAAGGCACCAGAACGUUUCGAUGACAUAGGGUGUAAAUCAGUGGAGGCGGAAGAAUCCAUUCCAGACGUGGGGGUGGAGGAGAGUGAGGAUGACUCCAUAGAACUUGCUGAAGAUGAACCCACCUGUGAAGCUGGGGAUGGAGAAAUGAUUUUGAGGCACAGGAAUUUGUCCCAGAGCAUGUUACAGUCAUCUCAAGUGUUAACAGACACCACAGAUAAAACUUAUCAAAACAGUGUUGGUGUCUGUUCAAGCUGCUAGAGAGCGAAUGGAGCUGUCUUUUAAAUGAGGGUAAAGGUUAUGAAAAGCAAAGGCCACCCACUGGAUUUCAUAGAUUUGGUAACAAUGUCCUUUUUAAAAAAAUUUGGACUUGAUGCUAGCCCUAAUCUCUUGUAUCAUUAUUGUAGACAACCACAAGUAUUCAGUAUAUUAACCAUUUAUUGUCUACCAAAUGUUGAGAUAAAACUGACCCUUCUAGACAUAUCCUUUGUUGUUCUUCUUAUUAUUAUAUUCCACAAUGAAAACAGUGACACUGUGCCAAUAAAUAACCAAAGGGGGAGAAUGUCA